AUGGUUGCACUUACCGAACAUGUCCAAACUUCUUUACCCCGCCCAAUCGACCCUUUCAGUUUGGUGCCAUACAUAGACGAUCUUUGGCAUGUAGCAAAGUCCCGAACAUGUUUUCAGGACGAUGAAUCGAAAGUUCAGGUUGACUGGACGGAUAGCGACUCAGAACACCGCGUAACACGAAGAACAUUCUCAUCAUUGGCCGAGUUACAAGCACAUCAAAAGGUGGCAUCUACAGAGUCAAACGGACUGCGCUUUAUAUCUAUCAACCAAGGGAACUCAUGGAGACCAUUAAAUGUUACGCAGGAGAUGUUCGAAGAGAUUGGAAAAUUGACUAGCUCUUCGCAUAUGCUGCACAAUCUCUCAUUAUCCUUCCACGAUAGGUUUAUGGCUACAGAAACAGCCUUUAGCAGUGCACCCACAUUCGUUUGGAAUGAGCAAAGUAUAGAGGUCGCCUAUAUUUUUAAAUACGCCUCUCAGAAGACCAACAACGACAAACCGGAUUCUUGGACAAUACGACAAACAGGUGUCUAUCAAAGAUUUGACACAGCCACAAAGCAUUCGACAUGGAUAUUUUUGAAUCCCACCAGGGAUUGCCUCUUUCAGCAGCGGCUGAUGGACAUGCUCAUGUCUCCAUCCCAGUGCUCGCAAUUAACGUCACAUCCACUGCUAAUUCAUAAUCUCCUCUUUGCUACAUUCUUCCCGAAAUGGAGGGAAUACCUAGGCUCACACGAGGCUACGGUAUUGACGGUCUCCAACACGACUGUGACAGAACGCAUCCAAGACCCGCUCAGGGUCAACCAUCAAAUGCUGACCUCCAUUCGCUCCGUGGAAUCUCGGUGUCUACCGUUGCAAGCUCUCUUUCGCUCCUUUGACAAGACUUUGCAGACCUUGCGUAAAGCAAACAAUGCAUUAAAGGACUGCGGUGGCGUGCAGCAUUUACCGUGGCACAAGAUGGAUCAGCUACUCGACAACUAUGAAAGCUAUGCCGACGCCUACUUGCAGGCAGCAUCGUUCCUUCAAAGUCGGGCUGCAACCACGGCUCAACUCAUCGCAGACACGUUUUCGUUCAAGAACUCUCAUACGGCACAGGAGCAAUCCGACUAUAUGCUGGACCUCACUUCGUCCACAGUUGACGACUCAUCGACAGUCCGGGUUAUCACUGUUGUAACACUCAUUUAUCUACCGUCCACUUUCAUGGCACUCCUUAAUACACAGACACUCCUCGGAAUGAACUCAUUCUUUGAGAUGGACCCUCAAACCCACCAUCUCGUUGUGUCUCCCCAGUUUUGGAUAUUCGUAGUGUGUGCCGUGCCCCUGACGGCCGUGACAGUGCUAUACUGGUGGGUCCGGAGUAAACGUCACUCAAAACAUGCGAAGGGGAAGGUUGAAUUGCUGGCAUAG